CGUGUGAUCGAUGCGUGCAUGCAUUAUGCAUGUAAAACAUGCCCACACCUACCGCUACAAAAAUGUGAUACGAAUCCAUGCAUCUCUGAUCACUUGAAUUGUUCUGCCUUGUUUCAUCACGCAAACCCCUUGGUUAGCCUAGUUUAAUCGGAGGAAAUAUUGAGCAGGAAUUGAUGACUCUUCAGUGGAGCCAGCAGCACCAGGGCUUGUAGCUGAGCAUCUGCAACCUAAGCUGUCUUGGUGUCCAACUUCAACCCCCCAACAAUGGCCACCUCAUCAGGCUCGGUCUCAGCCGACAGUCGCACGCGACUCCUGGGCACCUCAACGACCAAUCAGAGCGUGGAGGACAUGCACAACCUGAACAUCCAGGACGAGUUUGAUCCGUUUGACGCGUACGCUGAGACGGAGAAAACAGAGACAACGACGGUGGAUGGCAACUUGGUUUCACCACCCCAGAAUGAGUGGUAUCAUGGCUGCAUGGAUCGGACAACGGCCGAGAUGAGACUUAAAGGUGCACGGAUCGGUAGCUAUCUAGUCAGAGAGAGUGAGCGUAAGCCUGGCUCCUAUGUUCUGUCUUACCUUGGCGUCAGAGGAGUCCAGCAUUUCAGGAUCACGGCAUUAUGCGGUGACUAUUACGUCGGUGGGCGCCAGUUUCCGUCACUGUCUGAGCUGAUUGGUUACUACACUCACGUCUCCAACAUCUUAAAGAAUGAGAGAUUACUCUACCCCGUUCCUCCACCAGAGCCAUUGAUUGACGACCGGAAGAAAGUUGUGGCUGUCUUGCCUUACACUAAAGUGCCUGACACCGAUGAGCUCAGCUUUACUGCAGGGGAGGUGUUUGUUGUUCAUAACGAGCUGGGAGAUGGUUGGCUGUGGGUCACCUCCCAAAGAACUGGCGAGAGUGGUAUCGUCGUAGACGACCUGGUCAAAUACAUCGACAAAGAUACUGACAUCAACGAAGGGAAAAUCUGGUACCAUGCCAACGCCUCCAAAGAAGUUGCGGCCGACCUACUACUCAAGGAGGGUGACGUGGGGAGCUUUCUGGUUCGGAACAGCGACAAGAAUCCCGGCGACUACUCUCUCUCGUUCCGUGGUCCCACGACAAUCCAGAGGUUCCGAAUCCAGAAACAGCAGCAUCACUACAUAAUGGGUGGACGAACCUAUCACAGUUUGGAUGCCAUAAUUGACCAUUACAAGAAAGAAGAGAUUGUCAACGGUUACAAGUUAGCCGCACCGGUUGUACCAAAGAGUUUGAAGAUGAACCGCAUCAACCCGGAGCCCAUGAUCAACUAUGAGGACAUUCGCAGGAGGAGAAGCAGUGGCAUGUUGGUCAUGAUGGGAUCUGGUGACCACAUCGCUAAGCAGGGCUACCUGAGCAAGAAAAGCUCCAAACACAAGAAGUGGAAGACCUACUUCUUUUCCCUGAACAGUACUGAUCAGCAAUUGCUCUUUUUUGAACAUGAUAGGCAAACCAAGCCCAAGGGUAUGAUUGACCUCCAGUUUUGCUCCGUCUACAUGGUCCAUGAGAGCCUCUUCAAUCGACCCAACUGUUUUCAGAUUGUUGUACGUGCGCUGGGUGAUUUUGAAGUCUUCUAUCUGAACGCAGAAACACCGCAACUGGCUCAGACAUGGACCCAGAUCCUACGCGCCCACUGCAGCAAGGCCAGCUGGACCCAGACCACUAGGGCCAAGACCUCAGGCAUCAAGCAGCUCAAGAGCCUCAGUCUUCACAUCCUAGAGGCCCACAAGAUCCCUACUCGGCAGAUCUCGCAUCCUUACUGCGUCAUCUCCUUGAACAACAUCAAGGUGGCUCGUACGCCCAUCCAGCCGGCCCCGGACCCUGUCUGGAGCGAGGAGUUUGUCUUUGACGAUUUCCCUGAUGACAUUGACUCCUUCACGAUAGACGUCUUCAACGGCGCCAAGCGAGCCAAGCCCAUACCCCUCUGCAGGACCACCCUGCUCCUAGAGAGGUUACCCAACGGGGUGGUGGUAGACCAGUGGUAUCAGCUGAUCGCCCUGACAUCACAGGGACGGGGGGAGAUGGGCUCGAUACGAACCAGGGCCCAGUUCCUUCAAGAGACGCUUAUGCCUCUAGAGGAAUACCACAGUCUUCAGGAGUUGGUGUUGGGUGACAGUGACUAUCACUUCAUCUAUGCCCUGGAAGAUGCCUGCUGUAAGGACCGGUCCCAUCUUGCCAGCGUCUUGCUGGACAUCUUCAGGCAUCAGCAGAAAGAGGUGGAGCUGCUGCAGAAACUCAACGGCAGGGAGAUUGAGAAGGAAGAGGAGAGGUCAACGCUGUUUCGGUCCAACACAUUGGCCACAACGCUGAUGGACAAGUACAUGAAGAUAACAGCUCAGGAAUUUGUGCAGCACGCACUGCACAACGUCAUCAUCAAGAUCAUGGAGUCCAAGCAUUCGUGUGAGCUGAACCCGCUGAAGGUUGAGAAGGGCGACGAUGUGUCAGAGAACUGUCAGUAUCUGCUGGAGUUCCUGAAGGAAAUCAUCGAGUCGAUAUUCGUCUCAGCUAGUAUGUGCCCUCCGGCUCUGAGGUAUCUGUGCUGGUGUCUGAAGCAAGAUGUGAAGCAGAAAUGGCCGGAUGAUCCCAACAUCACAGCACGAGCAGUCGGAGGGUUCAUCUUUCUACGACUCAUUUGUCCUGCAAUACUCAAUCCAAGACUCUUCAACAUUGUGUCAGAGGCUGCCUCACCCAUGGCAAGUCGCACUCUCAUGAUUGUUGCCAAGGCGAUACAAAAUCUGGCCAAUCAGGUGGAGUUUGGUGCUAACUACAAAGAGGCCUACAUGGUGGUCAUCAACCCUUUCAUCGUCAUCAACAAAGGGAGAAUGUGCCACUUCCUCAACGAAUUAGCGACUGUCAGCGAAAUCCCACCACCGAGUGAAGUACCUCCCAUAGAUCUAGCCAGGCAACUAGCAGCCCUGCACCAACUGUGUGUUACACACCUCAAGGAAUUGCAACAACUCAGUGUAGUUCAGCCGAGUCUGAAGAAACUGUUGGCGGUGACGGAGAUGCUGACACAGAACAGGAAUCAGUACAUGGGCCGAUCCACCACCCUGGUAUGAUCCAGCAACUCCCCCCCCCCCCCCCCCCCCCCCCCAAAUCAGCUAGUAGGGAAAAGUAACGACCAUGCGCACUGCAGUCAUCUUUGGUACAUGAGGAAAGAGAAUAGCACUAGGGAAAACAGUGGAUGUUUAUGUGCUUGUCGUGGCGCUGUAGACAAGCUGAAAAUUUCAUAUUACAUGGUAAAGGGUGAAUUGGUUUGUUAAUGUUAUCCAUUAGGGAACCGGUUAUGGGCAGUGUAGACUGAAUGGCGAACCCUAUUACUGUACAUAAACCGUGGCCCCCUCCAAUGGCGAAAGCAUUGUGCUAGCUCUUGUACAAAGCAGCUGCCCCGUGACACGGAUAAUCUGAACAGUAAGGCGUCUGUCACACUGUCACGACGUUGCCUCCCAAUCACGAUAAGACAGUGCUGAGACGCAAGACUCGACGACAUCGUGAAACUUGGAACGACAUCUGAACUUUAUCGGAAUGACUUCUUGAGCGUUGUUUCGGCAUCCUACAGGUCAUGCAUGGUCGGCAGCAGAGCCACGAUUAGUUUCAAUAGUUAGAACAUAUCGUGAUUGUCGGCAAAAAAAUCCAAACCGGAUCAGAGUCUAUUCUCUGUCUGUUCUCAAACGGUUGUGUCAUAACGAGGUCGUAACAAAGGCGUAACAAAAUCGCAAAAGUCUGUACGAGAUCGGCAGUGGUCGUACAUGGUCGGCCA